AUAGUCAUGAUCAAUCCUUCUUUUCUGCUGUCUUGCACGAAAACACUCGAUUUUCGUCCUUGUUUGAUUUAGUUCGUCGGAUGAACGCUGCUUCUUGGGAAUAGCACUAAGCUUUCAAGGACACUGGAAAUAAACUACAGUGGGGAAGACCAUGGCUUCCCGUAAGCGCUUUGCUCCGAGUUUGGCUGCAAGAAAGCCUCCCACACCUGCCAUUUCCACUUCAGCAGAAUCAACAGCAGCCAGCACGACUUCAGUCACAGCACCCACCGUUACUGCUCGGCCGACGUCAACGGCUGGAGAAGCCUCUGGUGCAGCCAAAAAGGUCUCGUCCAGUGAAGCACAGCCCGUGGAGAACGUAACAACAACAGCAGCAGCAGCAGCGGAAGCCACAACCACAACGGGUGUGUCCGCGGCACCUCCCAGGCCGAAACCAGUCGCCACACAGGCCCUUCCGUCGUCCUCGUCUGAGUCAGGCAGUAGUGUCAGCAGCACUGCUAGCAGUAGGCCUGAACCGGCGGCCGUCACACAAGGUCAGUCGUUCAUUGCAGCCGCUAGCGCCAGCACUACCAGCUUCUCUGCAGCAGCUCCUUCCCAGCCGAGUGUGACGUCGGUGAGAAGCUCUGUGGCAAGUGUCUCUGCGUCAGCUGUCAGCAGCACAAGUUCCGUAGCUAGUUCAACCACUUCUGGAGAUCCUCCGGCAUCGUCGCCACCUGCAACAGCAUCAACAACAACAGCUGCAGCGGGCAAUGGUGUUGUGAGUACGUCAACUGAAGAUGAUUCAGUGUUUGUCGCGGCCAAUGUCAGCGUGAGCACUAAGCAGACGCGCACGCGCAAGCGUGCUGCUCCGUCGCAGUCCACUUCACCGUCGUCGUCGUCUUCAGCAGCAAUACGUAAACCAGCGGCGAAGACGCCGGCUAAGCCACGGCGAACCCGAGCUAAGAAAGGAGCUGCUUCAACGUCUGCCUCUACCUCGACAGAGCCGACGGAGGAGAGCAGUGACAUGGCGACCAGCACCAGCACCUCGGCUAAGCCAGGUGCUAAGAAGAAAACCAGGGAAUCUCGCGGUACGUUGUCGGAAGCACCAGAACCAACCAAGAUCAGAAUGAGAGACCUGGUGCGACUCAACCCGUCGGCAAACCCCAUGUCGGGUAGUUCCGACAAAGAUAAAUCACAGGGGCAAGGCAGUACACCUAGCGUGUCCGAGGUGGUCACCACUGUAUCCAACGUGCCACCGGCAGAGUCGGUCUCGUCUCCGUCCACCGCUGAUGCUGCAAAUGCGGACAGUGAAGCUGGCUCUGUGACUAUGGCACCACAGGUGCGAGUGGCAGAGGAUGGCUCCAUCGUUAUUGACGAAUCUAGCUUGAUCUUGCAGACGACGGCAUCUGAGCGAGCUGUGGGUGAUGAUCGAGCCGUGCUCGUGGACCCCGACAUGCCGGCCACCUACACGUCGUUCAGGAAGCGUGACAAGAUGGACCGCUGGACAAAGAAAGAAACGGAGAGGUUCUUUGAUGUCCUGCAGCAAGUCGGAACAGACUUCUCUCUCAUGUCGCCUGCAUUUCCCAACAAGACACGGCGCCAGCUCAAGAACAAGUUCAAGAAAGAAGAAAAGGGAAACCCUGGCAAGGUUGCUGUCUGUCUCCGGCAGCGCAAACCAAUCGAUCCGGAGAUGUUCAAGCGACCAGCGCCGCCUGAAGAAGAAGUAGUAGUGCACGCCGCCGUGGAGGAGGCAGUUACAGAAGGAGCGGGCGCUAAAGAGGCAACGCCCGAAGAGACAGUCCCAACAACCACUGAGAGAACAGCAGUGGAGGCGACGGCCCUUGGUGGCGGGGCGGUGCCCAUGGAAGGCGUAGCCUUUGGAGGGGCACCCAUGGAAGAGACAAUCCUUGGUGCAGCCCCCAUGGCAGAGGCAAUGGUGCAGCUGCACUGAGGUUUUUUGGGUGCUUCUCCAAGCUCCUGUCAUUAUUUUAGCAGACUUGGGUCAUUUUUUUAUAUGAAUUAGGUUCUCAUUGAUGAUUAUGUUGAGAAAUAUAUUUGCGUAGUGUACACGUGUUGUUGAGGAAGUGUUGAUGAUACAGGAGCAUCUACUUGUUACCAUGGCUACAGUGUGGUCUGGCCUUUCUGUUUUUAACCCUUCAUCCGUUUUUAUGAUUUUGUGCCAUUUUUUAACCUCACGAUAGACAUAGUUCAUUUGGUAGAACCAAAUGAAAAACUGUAUCCAGUAUGCAAAUUUAUAACAUUCUCAAACUUCUGAAAUAUCUAUUUAAAAGACUGU